AUGGGUCCAUUUGUAUCUGCGGGGAACCUGUUCUCUGUGCUCCUCAUUAGCAGGUUGCUGGAAAGCUCCAUGCUCAAUGCAGAAAUGAAGGAAGGUGAAAUUUUGCCUCCAACCAUUCAAAAGCUGAUGAAAGGCUAUAACAAGUACCUGAGGCCUUUCUUUGACAAUGGUCCUGUGACUGUUGGUAUGAGCUUGGACAUUGCUAGUAUUGACACCAUUUCAGAGAUCAAUAUGGACUACACAGCCACCAUAUUCCUUCGGCAGCGCUGGACGGACGAGCGAUUGGUGUUUGAAGGCAACAAGAGCCUGAGCCUUGACGGACGGCUUGUGGAGCUCCUCUGGGUCCCUGACACUUUCAUCGUGGACUCCAAGAAGUCUUUCCUUCAUGACAUCACUGUGGAGAACCGACUGAUUCGCAUCUUUCCAAAUGGGACCGUCCUUUAUGCGCUGAGAAUUACCACCACUGUGGCCUGUAACAUGGAUUUGACCAAGUAUCCCAUGGACAAGCAAACCUGCACACUGCAACUGGAGAGCUGGGGUUACAAUAUCAAUGAUGUCAUGUUCUACUGGACCAGAGGAAAUGAGUCUGUCAGUGGCCUAGACACUCUUCAACUUGCUCAGUAUAAAGUGGAAGACCACUACACUUCUGUGUCAGAGGCUAUCUAUGAAACUGGCCACUACCCCAAGCUGGUCUUCCACUUUGAGCUAAAGAGGAGCAUCCUGUACUUCAUCCUGGAGACAUACGUUCCAUCAAGCCUGUUGGUGGUCCUCUCUUGGGUCUCCUUCUGGAUUUCCCUGUCCUCUGUCCCAGCUCGAAUUUGUAUAGGAGUGACAACGGUGCUGACAAUGACCACUCUGAUGAUGGGAGCUCGCACGUCGCUCCCCAACGCCAACUGUUUCAUCAAGGCCAUUGACGUGUACUUAGGAAUCUGCUUCAGCUUUAUCUUUGGAGCCCUCAUCGAGUAUGCUGUGGCUCAUUUCUGCACCCUCACUUACGGUGACUCGCACAUGCUCAUGUACGGCCACCAAAUGCAUACCUUUGACGACGAAAUGAACGGCAUCGUCACCACCAUCUCCAGCCACUCUGACAGGACCAAGAGACGCAAGGAACCCGACGCAGGUCCCGCAGCCGCCUCCAGCGAACUGGCGGUCGACCCCUCCAGCCUGACAGGCAGCGAGCCCAAGCCUGAGGCUUCCCCUCCAGAACCCCCCAACCGCUGUCUCGUGGUUCUGGCCACCCUUCGUAAACUUCUCAGUUUCAUAAGCUGUUGUCACAUCGAAAAUCCACACUACAUAGACAACUACUCAAGAGUCACUUUCCCCCUCUCGUUUGUUCUCGUUAAUCUUCUUUACUGGACGUAUUAUUUGUACUUUUAGUCGUUAGGCAGGAAGUUGAUUUGACGGUCCGUGUGGUUCUGAGGUGAGAUUUGACUGGAUUUCGAAGCAGCAACAGAAUGAUGAAGAUAAUGAAACAAGAAUGUUUUU